AUGUCGUCCUCUGAGCACCGUGAUUUUCGACCCGAACAGUCUUCGGGCUCUUUGCGAUUCAAAAUUUCACUUUCAAAACAAGAAAUGGAACACGAAGAACCCGAAAGCGCUUCAAGUGAUCCACCGUUCAGGACCAGUUAUUCGCUCUAUGUUGUUUUGAGUGAGAUACAUCGACUCUGUGUCAAACGUGACCAUAAGGGUAUUUUUGCCAAUCCUGUUACCGAGGAUAUUGCUCCGGACUACUUUUCUAUUAUAUCCCAUCCAAUGGAUUUGGGCACAAUUCACUCCCGCCUCGAGUCACGUAAUUAUUACUCGACCGCGGGGCAGUACUCGUCGGAUGUUCGUCUAAUGUGUGAAAAUGCAAUGUGCUAUAACCCACCUGACACGAUCUACUAUCAGAAGGCCCGAAAGCUGCUCGCCUUUGUGGAGAAGCAGAUGGCGCCGCACAAUCUUCGCAAACUCUCCGCGGAACUCCUCAAAAUGAGUCGCCCUUUGACUGAUGAGGAAAUCGGAGGACAAUUUGAGGAGUACCACCACCACCAUCAUCAUCACCAUCAUCACCAUAAUCAGCAACAACAAGUUAAUCGCUACCGCCAGGACAGUCAAAAUCACCAUUUUACGCAAUCUGGCUCGGCGCAGAUCUAUAAUCUUGCUAUGCUUUUGCCCAGCUCUUCUACGGCUCGAUAUUCCACAGUCUCAACAGGGACUAUCUUCACCCCACCCAAGCUGCAGGAAGAGGAGGAAAUAGAAGAAGUAGACCUAUUGGAGGAUGAAGAAGAGGAAAGGGAAAGAAUGGCGACGGAAUCUUCUCCCUCUCCGGCACUUUCAGUUCGAAAACGUCGACCCUCAUCCGCCUCGAUUUCCUCCGUUAGCAAGUUACCCCGCUACUCCAGUAGUCCACCACUCCUAGUUCCAGAGGUGGACGAUUCUGUCGGACGAGUGGACAGUCCUUUGACUCAAUCAACCUGCGGUCGCAACGACAGCGAUGUCGUGACGAUCGAUUUGGAAGCCACCGAGAUCGACUUAGCAGAGGCUCCCCUCACCCUAUCUCCUACUUCCUCAAGCAUCUCCUCCUCUACUCUUCGUGGUAGUUAUCGCAAAUCUAAACGUCGGGUCAUGGGCACAAAGGUCUCCGUCUCAACACCGCCGCCGCGGCCACUGGGAUCAUCGAAGUCACGUCGAAGGAAUGGUUUCCACCCCUCUGCCAGCCCCCUUCCCGACCGCAUUUAUAGCGAGGACACAUGGACUUUCUCAUGUUGCCUCACUGAUCAAAGUAACCCGGCAGAGGUCAUAACUCAGGUUAAACACGCCGCCCGUGCGGCCAGAGCCAAGUUUCUGUCUCGCUAUGGCCGGCCAGGUCAUCAAACUAUCGUCUAUCUUGAUACUAGUGAACCAGGUAAGAUCUACGCGAAGUCUUGUGGUGAAAGCACCUGGAUGCAAAACGGAGAAGAAGGAGAAAAUGAAAAGGACCAGCGAAAACUUGUUGAUUACCCUCUUGCCUUGAGGCAACUUCUGACGCCUAAACCGCAGUCCACCGGGCAAGGCGUCUACCACGGGCUGGUGGAGCAGAUGACAUCCCAGCAGGUCGCUACGCUGCAUGCUCUAUCAAAGCUACGCUAUCAUCCUGCUGAACCAGUUGGUAUGGGGAUUCAUGGACCCUUGGCCAUCUUUGAGAAGGCGGAGUUGGCACAGCUUUGUGAUGCAUACGGUGGUGACGCAGUGACAAUGGAGAGCGUACUCUCCCUACUCACCUUUGUGGAGCCCCUAGGUGAGUGGGGAAGGCGGUGGGCACAUCAACGUAUGGAUGGUGUUACUGAUGGUUACCAUGGCAAAAUGCUCUUAGCUUUCGGGGAUCCCACUUCGGAAUUCUAUCCUAGUAAUUGGAUGAAAAAAGCUAAAUUGACGAUAGAUCCUAAUGUUUUGGAGGAAUUCAGAGCAGGAAGUAGUGAGGAGGAAAAGUGGGAGGAAGAAGCUGAAACAUCACAGGCUUCAGUCCAUUCAACGGAAAACCUUCUUUCUUCACCAAACUCAAGUGAUUUACAGACGCUGGAAGUGGAUCCUACUGGUAGUGGUCAUAUGUCCAUGGCAAAAAUGCCAUCUAAUACGUCAACGACUAAUACCACGGUGAAACAGAUGGCCACUGUCCAGCCCCUUCAGCGCCUGGUCUCCCCGUCCUGCACUUCCUCAGACGAUAAAUCCAUCGCUUCCAACACACUUGAAACUUCCACAACGGAGGCGGAAAAAGAAAGUGAAGAUGAUGAGGAGGUAGAAGACGAAGAAGGGGGAACUUUUGAUAUCCUCUCCGCAGCUCUGGAUGCUUCUGUGACUCCAGCAGUAUCAGAACAGAUGCCUCAACAACAACAAUCACAACAGCAACAAUACGUACUCACCACCUACUGUAUGAUGGAAAGUGGUGCUACGUCCGCAGUUCUCGAAGCCUCCGGCAACCCAGCCAUAGGCACCAAUCCACUCGCCGCGUCGGUGAAUGACAUCGCUCAGAUCUCGGCAUUGACAGCGGCUAUCAGUCCUAUCCAAACCCUACCUACCCUUUCAGCCACUUGUAUCGGGCUGCCGGCUUCAGUGACUGGCAAGGGUGGAUGUUCUUCAUCAACCCUCUUGGUAGUUGAUCAAAAGAUCGGGAGAGCGGACGGAACUUUGGAUGAAUCUCUACCCCUAGAAUUAGAUCUAGAGCCUAGUUCAGAGGAGUCUCCCAAGGACUCUGCCUCAGAAGGAAGCCCUCCUAAAGGUUUGGUGGAGGGGGAGGAAGAGGCUGCCGGUGCAGAAGGCGAAGGUAUUCUUCUAGAGGUUGCGGCAGAGUUGCCAAAUCAAGGACCAUUUAAAAGUAGUUCUCACCAAGUUUUGUUUCCAUCAAAGACUUUCCAGAAUUCUGCAUCAUUGAAAGUGUCUCAUACGUUCAUUGAUGUGGUGACAAAUUCAGCGAUCUCUUCUAGAACGGAAACGCACAAUUUAGACACUGAUGAAUCAGAAUUCCCUGUAGAUAAAGCACUUUUAGAAACCUCGGAGGUGGAUAUUUCGUCGAAGUUGGACACAAAUAAGAUUGAAAAAUCUUAUCCAAGUUCGAAACUUUCAAAGGAAACUUCUCCUCAAACAUCAGCCUUAAAGGAGCCUGAUGAUUCUGUGUCAUCGGAAAUGGAUACAGAGCCAUCAGCUUUCAAUCACUACCCCAGUAUCAGAGCAUUGGAGUGCGCUCAAGCACCGAACUUCAAAAAUACAGAUAUUCUUGGUAUCAGAGAAUCUGAGGUCGAUUCCUUUAAAGAGUCUGUGAAACCCUUAUCACUAACGGACGCGCAUGGAAUAAGAGUUUCAAUGGAGUCUCCUAAAGAUUCAACUGUUAAAGCCAAUUUGUCUUCCGGUACUGAAACAUUAAAAGAUUCUCAAAGCUCUUAUAGAGCAGGUUUGGACGCUCCAGUUGUCAAGGUGUCAGAUCACCCAGUCACUCAAGAAUCUCCAGCAACUUUCAUUCAAGGUGCGUUGGAAGGACCGAACUUAAAAGAAAUUCAAACACCUCCCUUGCAAGAAAAUCUUCCAAACGCGUCAAACAUGAAAAUAGGAUUUUGUGCUAUUGAAGAUUCACUGAACCCUUGCAAUAAUAUGGAGAUAGUCUCGCGAGAAUCUGUACCAGAAAUCGAAGACCAAAUCGCCACUGAAAAGUCGCAACAAAUUCCAUUGAACAUGAACCCAGGUGGAGACACGAGACCCUCGGAAGGAAUGCAAUCUUGCGCCGUUGAAGUCCAUUCAGAUUAUAUCGAUAAGGAAGGAAACGAAUAUCGGGAACCUCUCGUAAGAAAGUGGAGUCCUGCAGUUGCUGAAGAGCCGGAAUGUGCUAUCAUUGUAAAAUCACCCAAAGCUGCAUAUAUAGCUGGCGAAUUUAUGAAUGAAGAAUUAUUAAAAGAAAUUUCACCCCAACCAUCAGACUCAAUGGGAGUUACUCCACAUUCAAGCAGCGAAGCUAAUCAUAGGAUAUUUGAGGAGAGUGUGCUGGUUGAUAAUGAAUCUGAACACUCGAUCGUUGAGGUGCCUUUGAAGGUGGCAUCAAUGGCGGAUGAAUCCUUGGAACAAGCUUUAGUCCGAGAUUCUAGCACCACUAUAUCUCAGAAUAUUGGUGCAGGGGUUAAGUCACCAUGUGAGAGUCUGUUACAAACUCCUUGUGACGUCAAAAGUUCGGUAAACUUAUUAAAAAGUUCUAUUACUGAAGUCACCAACUGCGUGAAGCCUGAGCCUGUCGGAGAAUCGUCCUCAAAAACUCACUGUUUAGUGCAGCUUCAUCAUAAAGAAGUUAUGGAUAUUCCUACGCCUUUGCCCGAUGAAGUAGAUUACGAUUGUGAUGAAUCCUCCAAAUAUGGAGUUACAGACCGCUUAUUGGUGGGUAUUUCUCGUGUUAAUUCUCCCGUUGCGUUGGACCCUCCAAACCACUCAGUUGCACCAUUUCCUGCUGAAGUGGGAAUAACAAGGAUAAAUGCCACUUCCAGUGAAAACGAGAUUCCCGAACCGGUUCGCGCUUUUGUACCAUUGGAAUCCAGCUCCGAUAGUCCCAAUCCCACCGGUAGUUUAAGCGAUCACGGGGCAGUGAAACAUAGAGUAGAAAAUCAAGUUCAAAUGGAUAUGGAUGUGGAUGUUACUCCACAGAGUCAUCCAUACCAAUACGAAGUGAAUGAGGCAGAACCCGUCUCCUUCUUUGAGGAGAAUCUGCCCACAGAAACCUGCACUUCACCUCACUUUAAAUCGAUUAAUGGCGGCUCAGAACACAACAAGGGGAACAACGACCUGACCUCUGCUUCAGAUCUAUCUUCACCGACAUUUGUGGAAUAG